AUGUCAGAUGCUACUGUAUCUACGCGAAAUGACGCCGUGGGUAGAACAGCUACACUUUGGGCAGGUGAAGGGCAAGCUUCAAAUUCCACCUCGUCAGUCGAAGAGAAUGUUGCCUAUCGGUUUGUUCUUGACCGCAAGGUCCAAACGAUAUCGAGCAACAGCAUUCCCAAGGACGGAUUGGUAUCAGGCCUCUUGUUUGUACCCAAUCUAGAGCCGAAUGAUCCUUGCUAUGACAUUACCGCUUCAUCUGUGCCGUUAAAUGUGACCCGCUAUGAAGAUGUGUCAGACUUCGGAUACUCCCUCGUUGGCCUUGCUCCAUGGGUAACCGCCGAGUGUUCGCUAUCAUUUCUCACUGCCGCCCAAAAGGUCGGCACGCAUGCCAUGAUCUUUUUCCAACCAUCAGAUAACGACACCAGCAUACCACCUGACUCGAACGACUCUCGGUGGGCAAUCAACGAUGGAGAUAAAUGGAGAACAGACAACAAUUACCCAGUGUAUGCCAUUCCAGGCCCAGCUGGAAUCUCAUUGAUCAAUGAUCUCACGUGGUAUUCUAACGAAACACCCGACGACAAGAGAGACAACUCGACCGAAAAUUUUGCACUACAGACUAAGACGAACCGAUUGUUUGCUAGGAUUGAAACUGGUGAAGAAACCGCAACUUCGUCGACAAGUGUCUGGAGUUUCGUACUUGCAAUUGCAGGAACAGUUCUCAUACUCAGUAUCAUUGUAAUCGUUAUUUAUCGACUUGUCUUGCGCAAGAGACGGGUUCAGCUCCAGAGACGUGUUGAUGCAGGUCAAGUCGACAUCGAAGCCUUGGUAUUGAACCAAAUGACGGCUCCUCAAGAAUUGGUUAGCAAAAUGCCACUUUAUACAUACUUGGGGGUCAAAUCUCCAACAGAAGCAACGCUUCCACAAGAUGGUACAUCAGCGAAUCCAAUCGAGCAUGAUUCUGGCGACAAGACCUACUCGCUAUCGCCCAACGAAGACAACCAUGCGCAGGAUGAUGCUGCCAUCCAGAAACCCGAAGCAGCGAUGAUAAAACCUGGACAAAAUGAUUCUUGCAGAAGCAAGUACCGCCUAAGCCAUACUCAAACAACUUGUGCUAUUUGUCUCGACGAUUUUGUCGCUGAAUCAUCUACUGUCCGCGAGCUUCCUUGCGGACACAUAUUUGACUCAGCGUGUAUCGAUCCAUUCCUGAUCCAGAACUGUUGUCUUUGUCCUUUGUGCAAGAAGAGCGUUUUGCCCGCGGGAUCAUAUUACAUUUCUGUGACCAACGAAAUGGUUGAACGAGAGAAUCUUUCGAGGCGCCCAUGA